AUGAAGAAAUCGGAGGAGGGGGAGUCUGAGUUGUCCCCAAUCACUUCCGACGAAAUUUCACCAGAAGUCCAGUUUACAGUGAAAGGAUCAGCAACAAACCAGAUGAGCAAAUGUUCAAAGAAUGAUAUUUCAGUCGCACAAGGCCCUGCCGGUACUCUCCCAGGUGGGAUAUCACAAUAUUUAGUGCAGAUCACAAACACAAAUCCACAAGUACCCUUUGCUGAUAUCCAUCUCAACUGUAAGGACUUCAGCUCCGCCAUCCUUGUUAGCCCUGAGAUAUUCAGGCGCAUCGCCGUGGAUGACUGUCUGGUCAACGACGGAAGAGCACUAGCUCCCGGUGCAGCUCUCUCCUUCAGAUACGCCAGCACCAAGCAAUACCCUCUUCCAGUUGUCUCAGCCACAUGUUAA